CCCUCUCUUCAUAUAUAAACCCAAACAACCAACACUCUCUUAGUCCAUUCCAUUCCAUUAUUACAUUCCUUCAUUCUUAUCAUAUCACCGAUUGAGCUCACUGAAAUUAAUCUGAGUAUGGAAGCACCGAACAGAAGCUCCUCUACUACCACUUCUUCAUCAGACUCAUGCUCUUCAGAUUCCAAUCCUAGGAGUAACAAUCCUAAUAGACCUGAGAGGAUCAAAGGUCCAUGGAGCGCUGAGGAAGACAGGAUCCUGACCCGGCUCGUGGAGCGGCAUGGGGCACGAAACUGGUCCCUCAUCAGCCGCUACAUUAAGGGGAGGUCAGGGAAAUCCUGCAGGCUGCGGUGGUGUAACCAGCUGAGCCCCACCGUGGAGCACCGUCCAUUCUCGGUACAAGAGGAUGAAACCAUCAUCGCCGCCCAUGCACGGUUUGGGAACCGGUGGGCCGCCAUUGCCCGGUUGCUGCCGGGUCGGACUGAUAAUGCCGUGAAGAAUCACUGGAACUCCACGCUCAAGCGGAGGGUGCCCGGUGGUGGUGGUGGUUCUCAUGAGGUGGGGCCAAGUUCUUCUGGUAGUGCUGCAGCUCGCAUGGAGGAUGAUGAUCCGUUGACCGCGUUGACUCUGGCUCCGCCGGGGAUUGGGAAUAGUUCUGUGGAGGAGGUUGUGGCUGACCACCACCACAACUACCAGCAACACCACCACCGGCAGUCGCAGUCGCAGGAGAGUGUUCCGGCGGGGUUUUGGGAUGUGAUGAGAGAUGUGAUUGCGAGGGAAGUGAGGGAAUACGUGUCUUCCAAUAUUUCUCACAACUCGGGUUUUCAUUAAUCAAUUUUUCAUCAUUUUAUCGUUUUUUUUAAGCAAAUUAAUAUCUGCAGUCUGCACUUUGAUAUAUUUUUUUUUCAUUUGUGAUUGGAAUGAACAAUCGUGUUAAUAACAAUUUAAUUUUCUCUUCA